AUGUCUACUCCAUUCACCACUGAGUCUUCCAUCGUGUCAUCAGAAUCGACGACGUCUAUCACUGACAGCUCUACAACCCACGUCACGACAAUAGAAACUGAUCACGCGACAUCAUUGUUCACUUCUUCAGCUACUAUUGAUACGACAAGCUCAUCGCCUACAACGACAUCUUCAGCAGAACCAUUCAAGUUCAAAUUAAUGGGAGAAUCUGAAAACCUCAGCAGAAGUGAGAUGCGUGCAGGCCUCGGAGCCCCCUUUGCGUGGACCAUCGGCAUGUUUAUGCAUCAGAAACCCACCAUUUUGACAAUGGAGACUGAAACAGGGCAUCUGCUAUUCGAAGGCCAAAAACUUUGCGUCGAAUUCAAUCUAUCACCUUCAGAGUGGUGGGUAGCCGUCCGAAAUUGUCCCGAGCCGAUGCUUUCUCAGCACGAGUACGUUGUUUGCGAUCCUGUUCAUGCUGAUGGAGAUGAGCUUCGAUGCAGAGUGCCCCACCUGUUGUGCACCCGCGGAGAUGGUCCAGGGUUCUCUUGUGAGCCAACUGGGGUGCAAUGGACGCAGUUCUACGCUCGAAAUGUGUUCCAGUCGUAUUACACUGUUGGCCUGUUUAACACAGCCGCCCUGACCUCUCCGUCCGUUCUUCGAGAUGUCCUCAACUUUGUUGUGAAGGAGGCCUGA